AUGGAGUAUGACUCGAGUGUGGCGUCUUCAAGGCCUGCCGAAAAUAGCCUAGAGGUCUACUUUGCGCUGCUAGAAUGGAUGAAAACCCACAACGGCAGUCUUCACGAGGAUGUAUAUAUCAGUCAUGAUGACACUCGUGGCACCUAUAUACGGGUGAAGAGCAAUGGCGUUUCCAGUAACACGCAUAUCAUUAAAACACCUCUCGCAACGACAAUGUCGUAUUACAACGCUAUUGACAGAGAUACUGGGAAUAUCCAUUUUUCUAAUCACGACGUCAAAUUUUCUUCUCAGUUUAUGGAAAGUGUCGGCCCUGAAGAAGUAGCAAUCUUCUUCUUAAUUGGCCAGUAUUUGCGCGGCGGGGCAGGCUUUUGGCAUCCGUAUAUUCGGACGCUUCCUCAGCCAGGCUCGUUGACCACGUUACCUUAUUAUAACGAGGACGAGGAUAUAGAGUGGCUGGAGGGGACAAGUCUGGUGCAGGCAAGGAAGCAAAAGAUUGCUCUGCUGAGGGAUAAAUAUGAGAGCUCGUAUAGUGAACUUGAGAAGUCUGGAUUCCAGGACGCCUCGAAAUAUUCAUGGGAUCUGUAUCUAUGGGCCUCUACAAUAUUCGUCUCUCGUGCAUUCUCGGCAAAGGUGCUGUCCGGCGUGAUCCCUGAAUUCGAAGUGCCCGAGGAGAACAUCUCGGUGCUUCUCCCUUUCAUCGACAUCUUAAACCACAGGCCACUAGCCAAGGUUGAAUGGCGCGCCGGUACUGAGAACGUCGAUUUUGUCGUUCUGGAAGACGUUAGCGGCGAGCAAGAGAUUGCGAACAACUACGGUCCUCGCAAUAAUGAACAGCUCAUGAUGAACUAUGGGUUCUGUCUUGCCAACAACCCAUGUGAUUAUCGAACUGUCGGUUUACGCACACCACCUGGUAGCCCGCUACAUUUCGCCCGCGAGCAACAAAAACAGCUAUUCCCCGACUCCAACAACGACGACGAAGAUCCCUUCUACGUCUUCAACAUCUUCUACCCUCUCUUAGCUCCAAACACCCCCAUGGAACACUCAAUAUUCUCCCCAGCUCUAUUCAAUGCUGUCUCAGUCCUAGCAGCAAACCAAAGAGAGCUCGAGACACUAGAAAUCUCAGAACACGCAAUCCAAAUCGCUAAGGCUUACGGAAAUUCACGCACCGCACUCGCAGCAAUAAGCCAGAUAAUUAUCGAACUGAUCACUCAUAUCGUUCGACUGAAAUCCACAGACCCAGAAGCCAAACAGCCAUGCAAUCUCAAGCAAACCCACGCAAAAAUCUACCGAGACAGCCAGAUCACACUCUCCGAAUCGGCCCUCGUCAUCGCCGCUUGGUCUCUCCAACGCACGCGCCGCCACGGCCUACGAGGCGGAUGGGAGGAAACAAAGCACCUUCUCAGCCAACACAUGUCGCGCAUCCCGCAGGGCAAAUUCCCAGAGCCAGUGCAGUCCCGCAUCCAAGUACGGAUCCUGGAACGGCCAUCCAUCCUCUUAAACAGCGGCGAGCUCUUCACAUUCAACGAGCUACUUGACCUCCUGCCUGCUAGUGAAGAACGCAAUGCCGCCCAAGAGUGCUUCAAGAGCAUCCUGUCGAUUACCUCACGGCGCAUCGAAGCACUGAGAGGCAUGGACGAGAGCGCAUCCCCCUUCCGGUUUCCUCUCUUCGCUUGCUUCGUUAUGGCUGUGCAUACGACGAACAGACACAAACAUAAUGAUAGUACGGAGUCCGGCAAGACCGGAGAAAGCCAGAGCUUUCUUCCGCCGCGAUUAUCACGUUGGGCUUCCUUCCUACUUGACCACUAUCUGCCCCCGCCGGGUGACGUUGCGUGGGCGCUUGAGGACGAAGACGACGAAAGCCUGGUGAGCGAGUUCGAUGAGAUCAUUGAGAAGCUGCGCGAGAGGAAGGCGCAGCUCUUUGAGACGUUGGAGCCGUAUACCGGCGGGUGGAAUGGGGAUGCGGACACCUGGUGGCUGUCUCCGAACUGGGUGCGUUGGGCGUGGAUGAUGACGGAGCAGGAAUGUGUGCAGGUGCCGGAUGACCCGCUCGCGCUGCUUGGUCCUGGGGAUGGAGACGCGGGUGGCAAUGUAAUGUUGUCCACGGAGACUUGCUUGUAUAUCCCGCAGGAGUGA